AUGCCACCAACUAUAUAUGCAGGUUCUCUGCAAUCCAAGAAGAAAUCCGAGCUUCAAGCUCUUGCCAACGAUCUGCGACUCGGCGAUGAAGGCACCAGGGAAGACCUACAAACUCGCAUCAAGAAACAUCUAGACGAUCGACAGAAGACACUUGAGGAUGACCCCAGGUUCUCAGGUCUUUUUGGCAGAUCCAGAGGAAGCAGAAAAGGUAGUUCACAGCCUGAGCCAGUUGCUAAACGACGGACAGCAGGCCUGUCUGUUUCUCUCGAUCCCGUUGCAGAAUCAACGCCAGUAAAGGAUUUAAGAGAAGUCUCAACUUUUCUUAAAAAUUCCAUAUUUGAAGAAGAAGAGGAGGAAGAGGAGGAGGAGGAGGCCGAUAAUGACGAAGCUCAAGCUAACAUUUCGUUGAGCAAACUCCCUCCGUUGCCUCCUAGUGCUGAGACCAGCACGGUCAUCAGUCGCAGUGCUAUAAUGGUCAAAAAGGACCUCAUUCCGGUCUCCAAUGCAUCGGUCGAGCACCAAAUGGUUCAGAUCCAUCCCGAGGACAUGGUUUUACAAAAGAGCAACGACCUGUUGAUCAAGUCUAGAACUUUCUUGUCUAGCUCUCUCAACCUCUGGUCUUUGACUGCUGUCUUUGAACUCACCUGCAUCCUGCUCACCAUCACUCCUUGGCAAUUCAAACCUCUCUCCGGUUCAUCGUUUGAUGCCAACAUCCCGUAUCCACCCCCACUCUCCGUCCUUCAAAAUGUAGAUUUUUGGAAAUGCUCGUCGUCGAUAGUCUGGCACUGGUUCAUACCCACACUUUUGGUACCAGCGAUUGCAGGAACGUUGAUCAGCUUCAGUCCCGUCAUGCGUUUCUCCCAUGGAAACGGAGAAUCAGUGGCAGAACCUCUUCCUUUUGACCCUCUAACGGCAUCCAUCGUUCGAUUGGCGGCGCAUCUAGCUUAUCCUUACGAUGAGGCAGCAUUAUGUGGAAGGAGAGACGUACUUGGUUUACAAUGGAGGACGAUUGCGGCGGGUGUUGGAGUUGCGUUUGCUUUCGCAGAAGCUAUCACUGCUGCUGGCACGGGUGGUGUUCGAGGGUCGAACACCCAUGAACGCGUACAAGCGAUCACGCAUUAA